AUGGCGUCGUCAGAAAAUAGCAGCUACACCAAGAAGGACAUUGGGGUGUUGUCGCCGCCGAGCUUCUGCGUCACGGAGGUCGUUCAACAUGACGCGGCGUUCAAGGCGUUUGACUGCUACGCAGUCGCGUUUGUCUGCGGCCAGGUGUACUGCUACGGCGAGAAAAGCGAGGACUCUAGCAAGAAGGAGGCAGUGAUGAUUUACGACUACCAGGAAAACAUUUUCAAGCUCUCCGAGUCUGACGCUUUCGGCGACAAGAAGAGCCGCCCCAACGGGCGCGAAGGCGCGACCUUUGUUCGGCGCCUGCCGAAGAAAGGCGUCACAGACUCUGCGUUGGGCGUCGUGACCCUCUUUGGAGGCGACAACCCCACGUCGGGGAAGACAGAUCGCGUGUGGAAUUUCGAUCCGACUGACCGGUCCUGGAGCGAAGUCGCGACAGGCGGCGCCAGCCCGACUGCGCGCUCAGGCCACGCGGCAUGCGCGAGUGAAGACCUCACGAAGAUGUACGUUUCUGGCGGGGUAGACACGCAGGGCGUUGUCAAGGCAGACGUGUGCGUUCUCAACGAAGAGGACGUGUGGGAUUCGCUGCCGACCGAGGGCCCGGCGACGCUGCCCGCGCGCUGUCACCACACCAUGGUUGCGGGGAGUCCGCCGCACUCGCAGAAGGAAUCGCUUUUGGUCUUUGGAGGCGACUUGACGGGGAGCGGGUCGGCGACUAACGAGCUGUGGAUCUACCGCUCCACUCAGAAAAAGUGGGCAAAGGUGACUGACGCGAGCGGGACGCCCCCGCGGGCGCGCAUGAGGCACUCGGCGUCCGUUGCGCACAACCGCAUGUGGAUUUGCGGCGGCGAGUCGCGCGACUGGCUGGGCACGACGCGAUUCAAGGAUCUCUACGGGUACGACCUCGUGCUCAACUACUGGUUCCUCUGCGACGUCGCGCUCGCGAAGCCGCGCGACGAGCUCCUCUCCGUCGUGUUUGGUCCAAUCGCCAUUUCGCCGUCGACCCGCUCGGUGCUGAUUUUCGGGAAGAGCAUUGAGCCACACGGCACGUCGCAGUCCAGGGUGUGGCGGGCGACUCCGCUGUGCACGUACGCCUCGCUUACUCAAGUGACGAACCACAGCCGCAGCAUCCACUCGGUACUGCGAGACGUGUUGACUUCCAACGAACAAGCCAGCGAGACGCUCUCCCGAGCUAACACAGUCAUGCUCCGCGUUCAGGAGCAAGUUGACACGCUGGUCAAGCACGUAAAGACAACGGCUGAGCGCUUGGAAGUCCACAAAAAAUCGGCUGUCGAAGUUGGCGACCCCAUCAAAGCCGCGCAGGACGACUUGCUGACGCGCACAGACGAACUGGAGCGCAGCGUGAGCAUCCUCCCUGUCUUCGAAGAGCGUCUGGCCGCCAUCGAGGGACGCAUCGAGGACAUCAAGGCCCAGCUGAAGAAGAAAGCCUCGAAAACCGCCGUAGCCAUCCUACAGCAGUCUCUGCACAUAAACAAGAAAAAGAAGAACGGGUCUUCGUCGAGCGACGACUCCGGAAGCAGCUCCGGCGACGACAGCGGCAGCUCUUCAGACUGA